AUGAUUAUUCCUGUGGUCGGAGAUCUAUGGGAGCGAUACUUGAAGCUCAUUGAUCAGCAAGUGCAAGAUGGAAUGAUCAUGACUCACGUCGACCUCAUCGAGAAACUCCUGAAAUACAACCCUGCGGACCGAGACACGAAGAAGGCAGCAUUGGUCUAG